AUGCAUGAUGCGUCAAGACCCUGUCCUUUUCUCGUCUGUCACGCCAAUUUGUCAGAGACUACAGUGUUACAUACCCAGAACCUCCCAAUUGCGGUCGUAUUUUACCACGCCUCGAGUUGUUCUCCAUUUACACGGUAUGGAUCUUGGUUUUUACUUUCCUCAAUGGCUCAUGAUCGCCAAAAUCCCUGCUCUCUACUAUUCCCGAGCGCUCCUGUUUACUCUUCACUACCCGAGACUUCGGCUGGGAAGAUUCUGUUAAAGUCGCCUGAGGUAUCCUUUUUGUCUCAUCAUCAUAGGAAUUUCCCAUUCUUAUCUUAUGCAACUGCAGUCAUGUCUAAUACCUUUCAUUGGCGAAUACAUCCCUCAUUCCAUUUGUACUUGUAG